AUGGGGAUUACUGUUGAAAGAUGGGAAUCAUUGUGGAAAGGUGGGGAUUACUAUAGAAAGGUGGGGAUUACUAUAGAAAAGUGGGAAUUACUGUACAAAAGUGGGGAUUACUGUAGAAAAGUGGGGAUUACUGUCGAAAGUAAAAUAUUGUAUUUUUUUAACACGCAACCUGCGUCUGCCGCGGGGGAGACGUCACCAGCGUCUGCCGCGGGGGAGACGUCACCAGUCUGCCGCGGGGGAGACGUCACCAGCGUCUGCCGCGGGGGAGUCACCAGCGUCUGCCGCGGGGGAGACGUCACCAGCGUCUGCCGCGGGGGAGACGUCACCAGCGUCUGCCGCGGGGGAGACGUCACCAGCGUCUGCCGCGGGGGACCAGCGUCUGCCGCGGGGGAGACGUCACCAGAGUCUGCCGCGGGGGAGACGUCACCAGCGUCUGCCGCGGGGGAGACGUCACCAGCGUCUGCCGCGGGGGAGACGUCACCAGCGUCUGCCGCGGGGAGACGUCACCAGCGUCUGCCGCGGGGGAGACGUCACCAGCGUCUGCCGCGGGGGAGACGUCACCAGCGUCUGCGCGGGGAGACGUCACCAGUCUCUGCCGCGGGGGAGACGUCACCAGCGUCUGCCGCGGGGGAGACGUCACCAGCGUCUGCCGCGGGGGAGACGUCACCAGCGUCUGCCGCGGGGGAGACGUCACCAGCGUCUGCCGCGGGGGAGACGUCACCAGCGUCUGCCGCGGGGGAGACGUCACCAGCGUCUGCCGCGGGGGAGACGUCACCAGCGUCUGCCGCGGGGGAGACGUCACCAGCGUCUGCCGCGGGGGAGACGUCACCAGCGUCUGCCGCGGGGGAGACGUCACCAGCGUCUGCCGCGGGGGAGACGUCACCAGCGUCUGCCGCGGGGGAGACGUCACCAGCGUCUGCCGCGGGGGAGACGUCACCAGCGUCUGCCGCGGGGGAGACGUCACCAGCGUCUGCCGCGGGGGAGACGUCACCAGCGUCGCCGCGGGGGAGACGUCACCAGCCGUCUGCCGCGGGGGAGACGUCACCAGCGUCUGCCGCGGGGGAGACGUCACCAGCGUCUGCCGCGGGGGAGACGUCACCAGCGUCUGCCGCGGGGGAGACGUCACCAGCGUCUGCCGCGGGGGAGACGUCACCAGCGUCUGCCGCGGGGGAGACGUCACCAGCGUCUGCCGCGGGGGAGACGUCACCAAC